AUGUCACGCGGCACGCGAGUGCGGAGGACAGCGGGUCAGCAUUCGCUAGGCGUUAGGCCAUCGGUCAAUUACUACGAUGGCCAGGCGGUGGGACAUGAAGCACUCUAUGACACUGGCGAAGCCGAGAACGGCAUGGGUGAGCAUGACCAGCAUUACCCUGAGCAGUGGGACGAUGGACACCCAACGAAUAGUUCUGCCAAAAUUUUGGACGAGGUUAUCCACACCGUACCAAUAACGUACAAGAUGGUACAGCGCGCAGAACCUGCAACUCAUCGAGAGUUCGAAGACCUGCGGCCAGCAAUGAUCGUCUACCAUGCCGAGCUGGAACAGACAAUGAACAGCAACGCAGUCUGGCAUCCGGGUGUCGAGCACGUGUAUCCCACACCAGCGGGUCUCUUUUCGGUGAAGCUGGAGACCCCUUGGAUCAUCGAUGAGCUACAUCCCGAGAUAUCCGCGAUCACAUGCCGUAGAGUGACGACGCACGAUAUCGAGGCCUACACACCGAAGCGAAAGGCAGAACACUUGCAAUUGGUCCAGCCAAACCAGCACCCGAUUAAUCAUACACCACACGAACUCUUGCAGAUCAAGACAUGUUACCACAGGAAACCAAAGAGCGGUGCCAUCGACAUGGCAAAUAAGAAAACCUUCAGGGUUCCUAAGGGGAUCAAGCUGUACGGCGAACUUGAGCCAGAGUUAUCCUUCUAUUACCUGGAUUGCAUAAAAAAAUUCGACACGAGCAAGAACCAGGCCUCCAGGCUUCAAUUGCAGGAGAUGUUUCCCCGAUUUAUCGACAGUGGUCUCGGGGCUUCUCUCUCUCGAGGCACCCCAAUGCCUUUACUGAACAACCUGCGAGCACUCGCAACGGGGCUACUUGCAACGAUGCCGUCGCGGGCCGGCAAGCAGCACAACCGCGAAGCCGUCGCAGAGGAUUCACUCGCUAAUAAGAGGCCAGUAAAUAGCGAUUACAGCUCCGUUCAUGUAAAGGAGAAGAUUGGAGUAGCUUCGCUCCCCGAGACCGCAGUCCGUCUAAAGCCUGCUGAACACUGUUCUACAGCAGCACCAAGAAACAUGCAGCAGUCUACAACAAUCGAACCUAUCCACGGAUGCAUGGCAACGCUUUCUCGGGAGGAGACCGACUGGGAACAUCUUAUCUGCGACCUCGACAACAAGAUUGGAGACCUUGAGAUUGAUCGGAUGUGUCCAAAGUGUGACUUAGAGAUUGCUCAAAAGCACUACAACGAAGACUUGCAGAAAUACCCUGCGCCCAGAAAGGAAUCCCAGCAGAGAGACCUUGACCCAUACGUGAGAGAGAUAGAGACAGCAAAGCAAGAGAUUUGCCUGAUAGAUCAAGCCCUUGACAAACUAAGGAUCUCACACGAGGACGCGUCUCAGAAGCUUCAAGAACAGCAACUGGCCAGGAAAGCCCGCCUCGCUCUCUGUCGCUCCAGAAGUUUGGCCCCGCCCGUAGUGUAUGUAAUUAACAACAGCUACUCCAGAGGUCACUUCGCUAAUGCAGCCCCAGCACUCCUGCCCGAUGCUUCAUGGCCGGGAGCCCUCAGCUCUAACCUAGCCUCCAUAUGCUAA